UGGUCCGACCCUCAAAUGAUUCCUUCAAGGAGUCAGCAUUAUAACUCAGAAGCUGAUACCACAAGUUCUGGACUUUAAUGAGCAGGAUCCUGAUCGAUUGUACCGGUUUAUGUGCCCAGUUUAACACACCUGUAAACCGCCAUCAGCGUGAGCUGUUUUGUGUACCGUGCUGCCAUAAGAAAAACAAUCACUAUUAUCUUUCAUACCACCAAAAAUGAGCAGUGAGGACAGGGAGGUUGUCUCCUUUCUCGUCUGCUGUCCCUGCAGACUCUCAGCAGGCUGCUGUGGAAAGUAGAAGAACGCUUCUUUACCUGCUUUCUGUCUUUGUAUUUUGCUGUUUAUCAAAUACUGACCACACAAGAUGGUCAAGGUAAGAUAAAGUAGACUUUAAUGUCUCCAUAGGGACAUUGGUCCUGGACUCUGUCCACAGGUACAAAAUCAAUAAAUACAUAGAGAUCAUAGAGAACACAUGAUGUUCGGUCCUGCAGCAGCAGCACGUCCAUCUAACAAUGUUCCACAUCUACAUAGAAGCAGAGGUCUGCAGCAGUGGCAUGCUGGGACAGACAUCUAAAGGACAUGGGCACAGAUGAAUGUAACGGUCCAGUCUGGUCUGAGGAACCCCACAUCUCCCUCCUGAGGGUUGCUGUGGCCAGGAUGCGGAGCACUCAACAAGUCUAUGCACUGAAGAUCAUGAAUAAGUGGGACAUGCUGAGGAGAGGAGAGACGGCGUGCUACCAGGAGGAGAGGGAGGUUUUACUGAGGGGGGACAGACGCUGGAUCACUGAGCUGCAUUAUGCCUUUCAGGAUGACAACUACCUGUACCUGGUGAUGGACUACUACGCAGGAGGAGACCUGCUGACUUUACUCAGUAAGUUUGGAGACCGGAUCCCCGAGGACAUGGCUCAGUUCUAUUUGGCUGAGAUGGUCAUGGCCAUAGACUCUGUCCACAGACUGGGCUACGUACACAGAGACAUCAAACCUGACAACAUCCUGCUGACAGCAGAGGGACAUGUCCGACUUGGGGACUUUGGCUCUUGUCUCAGGCUCCUCGAGGAUGGGGUGGUGCACUCGUCGGUAGCCGUGGGGACCCCUGACUAUCUGUCUCCAGAGAUUUUACGGGCAGUGGAGGGAGGAGGAGGUUAUGGUCCUGAGUGUGACUGGUGGGCUCUAGGUAUCUGUGCCUUUGAGAUGUUACUGGGCUGCACACCCUUCUACGCAGAGUCCGUCUCUGAAACGUACGCAAAGAUUAUUCACUUCCAGGAGCACUUCGAGUUCCCCGGUAAUGGCCCAAAGAUUUCGGACCAGGCCCACUGCUUCAUCAGCAGCCUCAUCUGUGAGAAGGAUGUCCGUCUGGGGAGGAAAGGUUUCUGUGACUUCAGGACCCAUCCUUUCUUUUGUGGACUAGAUUGGAGCUCCCUACAUAACCUCUCUGCCCCCUACCUGCCAGAAGUUUCCAAUCCAACAGACACAUCCAACUUUGACAUCCUAGAUGACUGUCUCAGUGACAUGGAAUCACUGUCUGAUGUCAUGGAGAGAGCGCCAACAGGAGCACACCUGGCCUUUGUUGGAUACUCCUACACGGCUACCAGUCAGACUGGGGCCAUCGACCGCAGUCAGGACAUCAUGAUGCAGAUCGACCACACCAGGUUGAGGGGCUUUGAGACUCUUUACACUCCAACAACGCUGGGAAGGAUGUUGCAGCUCACAGACACUCUACCAGAUGAGCUCCCUGCACUGCUGGAGCUCCCACUCACCCUGGAUCCUAGUCCUGCUGCAUCUACCCACACCAGCAACAUGGAGGGGAAGCAGACUGACCCAGAAUCAGGACUCAGUGAGGACCUGCGGAGUUCUGCCACUGAAGUCCCCAGAUAGCAAAACAGAGCCGAGUGACUGGAAGUGAAGGAUUUCUGUCUGAAGUUCAUGAAGAUAUUCUUCUGAAAAAUAUGGCGAGCUUGAAGGCGGUAAAUAGAUAGCACAUAAAUAAACAUCUUUGAUGUUUUCAAGAAGUCCUCUGGUCAUUUUAGCCAAAUAUGAGUUUUUCCUUUUUUGAUUGGUGAAAUAUAAUUGUGAUGUUCUCUUUCAUACCAAAUAAUUGCUCCCCCAGAUUGUCUUCCAUUUUUUAUGUGGGAGUAUUUUAAAGGGGCUAAACUCUGCUCAGUAUAGUUAUUUGGGCAGUUUGAGGGGGUGUUAUCAUGUCUCCAUGUUUCUUGUAAGAUAAUUAAAUCAAUGUUGUCUAUACUAUUUACAAAUUCAGGACCUGUAGUUUUAACUCCAAAAGUUGAAGACUUCAGUCCCUGAAUAUUCCAACUACUAACUGAGAACGAUGCUAUUCUUUCAUUUAAAUAUGUCGUGCUUCAUAAGAAGUAUUCAAGAUACAAUCAAGAACAUUUCAGUUAAAAUGUGUACUGUUCUAAACUAAAUUAUAACUAAUCUAAAUGGUUAGUUUGACUUAUUAACUUUAUGACAAAUGAAUAGAUAAUGUCUUCUAACUGGUUUUGCUCCAGAAGAACCUUUGGUCAGGAAGCAACUGCAGCGUAGGUGUCCGUCUGUGUGUAGUGCUGUGAUGAGCAGACAAAUCUUUACAACAAUAGAAAGGGGACUUAUAGAGUAACUUACAUAUUACACGUGUGAACAUAAAUAAUAUUUAGAGUACAGUGAAUGAAAAUAAGACAACAGUUGCUAAUAAUUGUAAACUUAAUCCUGUAAACCAUAAAUAAUGAUAGAAUAGAAUAGAAUCC